AUGAAAGGGAAUGCUGCACUCGCCGCCUAUUAUUUAAAGAAAAGCCUCUUGCUAAGCGAAUAUUCGCAGCCUCUCAUAGAUGAGCUCUGCCACGCCACGUGUUCUUUGGCAGAGUCUUUAGCCAAUCAAACAGGAAACUUUGAUGCUGCCACGAGGAUGCUCAAUUUGGCUUCGACGCACUUUUCAGUGAAUGUGAUUGGUGCGGAGCUGUCCUUAAAAAAGUUGCAGUACGAGGAACAGGCUUUGCAAAAUAAUUGGAGCAAUUGCCGAAAGCAUCUUCCUCAUAUCCAGUCCUUUCUUACCGCCGAUAAACACGGCGCCAUUGAUGCCCAAAUCGUCUGCUUACAACUUCGCGGCCAAUACGAAACGUCCCUUGGUAACUGGCCGAAAGCUCUUCAGUGCUUCUCAUACUGCCGCAAGUUUAUAGAUUUUCUCCCCGUGAAAGACCAAAUUUCCGUUUAUUUGGACUCUACCAACGCUCUAAUUUUGAGCGGAAAUUAUUGUUAUGCUAUGGAGCCUGCCAUUGGAGCCUUUUCGCUCAGCAAAAAAUACCAAUUUCAUGAUCUUUUUGCAGAAAGUAUUUUAUUACUUGCCAGAAUCCGCCUUUACUCUGACGAUGCUUAUAAUGCUCUUGCACUUAUCAUGGAAAUCGUUCAACACGUCAUUGCACACGGAAAUACCAAAAUGUCCAUCAAUAUUUACCAUCUACUGAGUAUCUGUGCUUUAAACCUUUUCGGAAUAUUUAAAAGUGGUAAUAGUCAUGAAAAGGAAAGUAAAUUCCUUCUACAGUUUUGCCUUGAAGGUGUUCGGAAAACUGAAUCGUUUUUCCCACAGUAUAACUUAUUAAGAAAAAGAUACUUGGAUACUCCUACUUCUAAUAGUAAUACUAACACCUUUGUGCGAGUUACGAGGUCAAGUAGCAGAGUAAAAAGUGGGGAAAGAUUUUUAAAUACCAACCAAGAUUAUAGUGCAAGAUAUAGAAAAGGAUCUAAAAAAUCAUCCACAAAACAUAAUGCUAGAAAGAAAACAUUUCCAGCCGCUUUAUUAGAAAGUUAUUACUUACAAGCACUAUUACACCACUCUCUCGGAAAUUUUAAAGAAAGAAAUGUUAAUGCAAAAUUGUUCAGGCUAGCUUAUUUGCAACAACUUAGUUUGUAA